UGUUGGUUACUCCAGGAGGCAGUACACUUCACUUCCUCGUUCCACAAACUUUUGACGUACCUGGCACGUCCGAACGAGAAGAGAAAUUAUCGCUUUUUACCUGUGUAUAUUUCCCUCAGGUAUUUAUAUAAUUCAAUUUUUUUAACAUUCACAUAGACGCGUUGCGUGGCAAAGACGCUAUAGUAAUCUUGGAACAUGUCUGACAAUGGAGGACAUGAGAAGAACGACGAAGAACAAAACCUGGAAGGAGCAGUGGGUGGGCAAGAUGUCAUUGAUGAUCCCAUCCUGGAACAAGGAGCAAUUGUCCUCAGAGGGUAUGUGAUUGAGCGUAUAAAUACAGAGGACCCAAGUCGACAUGUUACUUCUGAGGAUUUAGGUGGCCGAUCAAAUGAACAACAGGAGCCACAAAUCAAAGAAGUUGUGGAACAACUACUUAAGAUUGCCGAUGAGUUGAACAGGAAUGCCGAGCUCCAACGACUAAUAAACCAGGUUCCAGGAAACUGUGCUCAAGAUAUUUUCAUGAAGGUGGCAAGGAAUAUCUUUGCUGAUGGCAUCAGCUGGGGUCGGGUUGUGGCGCUCUUCCAUCUAGCAUACAGACUCAUAUACAAGGCACUGACAACGAAUCAUCUGGAGAACAUCAGACUCAUAAUCAGCUGGGUUCUGCAGGUUAUUAGGGAGCAACUCUACUUUUGGCUUGUCCAGCAGGGAGGCUGGGAAGGCGUAAUCCGUGGAUGGUCUCACUGGAGGACAUUGACCUUAGUGGCUUCAGUGGUUUUAGUAGCUACCAUUGUUUAUUAUAGGAAGACACGCUGACUCACACCA